AUGGACAAGGAACCCACAAGUCACGCAUACAGCGUCAACCCCCUUAACGGACAACAGUAUUACCACAACACCGAUGCCCCCGGCGUGUCAGAUUCCAUACCAACCCAAUUCAGAGGCACGACGGCAGACCAACCUGACAUGAAUAUCCUUGGAAAGCAACAAGUUCUACGCCGCAACUUCAAAUUCUUCACGGUGCUGGGAUUCGCUAGCACGGUGAUGGUGUCUUGGGAAUGGCUGCCGAUCAUAUCCAUCUACGCGCUGCAGGACGGAGGGCUUCCUAUCGUAUUUUGGGGAUUGGUUGCUGGUUGCUUGGGGAUGGGCCUUGUGUAUGUGUCUCUUGCGGAAAUGGCGUCUAUGUGUCCUACGGCCGGGGGACAAUAUCACCUCGUAUCAGAGCUAGCACCUCCAUCAAUCCAAAAAGAGCUCAGCUAUGCCGUUGGAUGGCUCACCGCCAUGGGCUGGCAAGUCUGGGUCACAGGUCUCUGCUUCGUCAUGGCCAGUGUCAUUCAAGGGCUGAUUGUGCUCAACAACCCCAAAAGCUACGUCUACCACGCCUGGCAUGGUACUCUACUCACUAUCGCAGUGGUGAUCUUCGCCCUAGCCAUCAACGCUCUGCUUGGGCUCCGACUCCCAGCAAUCCAGAGAGUAUUCAUUGUGCUCCAUGUCGUUGGAUUUUUGGUGAUUGUCAUCACACUCUGGGUCACGGCACCACAUGGCAGUGUCCAUGAUACCCUCCUGCACUUUACAUCGACCAGUGGCUGGGACAACCUGGGAUUAGCAUCAAUGAUCGGCGUCGUGAACCCAAUAGGGUCCUUGUGUGGAUAUGAUGGCUGCUUUCACAUGGCCGAAGAAGUCCAAGACGCCUCAAUCGUCAUCCCCAAAGCCCUGAUAUGGUCCUUCACCCUCAACGCGCUCAUGGCCCUGAUCAUGGGCAUAACGUUCAUCUUCUCCAUCGGCGACCUCGACUCCGUCCUCGCAACCCCGACCGGUCAGCCCUUCAUCCAAGUCUUCUACAACGCAACGCAAAGCCACGCGGGAGCUACUUUAUUAACCUCAAUCAUCGUCGUCAUGCUAGCCUCAACCUGCAUCAGCGAGGUCUCUCCUCGGUGGAAUAUCCCGCUGAAUGCGAUAUACAUGACAGCCGUGAUUAGUUCGCUUAUCUCGCUGAUUGAUAUUGGUUCCUAUACGGCUCUGAACGCGAUCAACUCGUUGGGCGUGGUGUCUCUGCUGUUUUCGUACACCGUGACGAUUGGCUGCUUGGUCCUGCGGCGUGUGAGAGGCCCAGCUCUGCCUAGGAGGCGAUGGUCGCUUGGGACGUAUGGAUUGGCUGUCAAUAUUGCGUCGCUGUGUUUCAUUAUCCCUGUGCUCUUCUUUGCUUUUUGGCCGGUUUCACGGCCAGUAACACCGGCGGGAUUCAAUUGGUCUUCAGUGAUGUUUGUUGGGGUUUUGCUGAUAGCUUUGGCCCACUAUGUGGUGUUUGCGAGGCAUCAGUACUAG